AUUUUUCCAGGUGGUAGGAGCAGGUGUUCCUGGCAGAGAACCAGUGUGGCAAAUGCCUAGAACUGGCAUGGGCGUGGAAUUCAGCAGCCCGAGUAUGACCAGUAUUCAGUGGGCAUCUGAAGUUCAGUGACUUUGCCAAGUGCCGGCAUUGAGUGUGGGAGGUGGAGUGGGCAGAGGGGGCUGGGAAGAAGCCCCUGGGGUGAGAAAGUGAUUUGCCAAGGGCCUCACAGUCUGUUGGUGGCAGGUCUUCCUUCACAGAGCCCAAGGUAGGAUGGGCUGAGCCAAGAAGGCCCUGGAAAAUCAGGGCUGGGGUUGUUCUCUAAGGGGUCAGCAGGGAGGGUAGGAAUAGCCCAGGGUAGGGCCUGGUGGGCGGGCAGAGUGUUUGUUUGACCUGGGCGACUCAGAAGAGAGAGCUUUCCUUUUCUCUUUCGAUUCUUCAGCUCUAUCUGGACCCAGAGGGUGUGUCUGGUUAUUGCAGAGCCGCACAGCUGGGGACCAGAUCCUCACGGUGAGAGGAGCUGCUUCGUGCUCACCCUCAGCCCAAGGAAGACUCCUGGGGCGAAGCCACACCUCGUUCCAGCCUGACCCAGACGGAGCGGAAGGGAGAUCCCUGAGACCCUGCAGCUGCCACCAUGAGCUCAUUAGCUUUCUUGUGCUUAGGUAUCCAGCGCCUCUACUCUGUGGUUCCUCCUCGUGACCUAGAACUGAGGGCGGGUCCUCCAGGCUGAGUGAACCUACAGAGGAAUCGCCAACCAAGAAGGGGAUCGAUAAGCGUCCUUGAGCUUAUCAGCUUGCCCAGGGGAACCCUGGCAUUAGAGUUAGGUCCCAGGGGCCUGUCCCCACAGCCUCCUUCUUGGCCCUCUCCUCAGGGAGCCACAGCCAAGGGGCUCCCUCGCUCCCCACCCACCACCCAGCAGAUGGCCCAGAAGUGAGGCCAGGACAGCCCACGGGGAGGGGGGACAGCAGACCUGGUGGGGGUGGCCCCUGAGGCCGGGCGGGGCAGGGAGAGGAGGUCCACCAGCACCCCUGGAGGCCUGUCCUGAACUCUCCCUGGGUCCCAGCCCCCUCCUGCACCCCGAGCCUGGGGCGUCCCCAGCAGGGGCCGUGUCCUCCAGCGCCCGCCCUGCUGGCACCCCCACAGCUCUGUGAGGGUCAGUGGCCCACUGAGCUGAACCUGGUCUGGCCUUGGCCGCUUCCCACCUGUGUGACCUGGAGCGACUCACCUGACCUCACCUGUGAGAUGCGACCAUUAUUGCCCCGUGUGUCGUUAUGAGGAUCGACGCAUCGUGUGUCUGUGCCCUGGGCCAGUGCCUGUCACGGUGCAGGUCCUCCCUGAGGGCUGUGGCUGAACCCCCCACCUGCACUUGACAUAGAGGACUUUUUGAAGGCUGUCAUUAAGUGUUUGCAAACCGUAAUAAAGAGUGAGGAGAUGAAACGUCUGCUCACUCAAGUCCUGGACAGAAUUCUGGCUGAGAUCCGUUUGCCCAGGGAAGAGGCAGAUGCACUGUGUGAGUAUCUGGAGGAGCUGGAAACAGACUUGAGCAUGAAGAAUAAAGAGCAGCUGGAUAGAAAGAGGUUUUUGACGAGGUUUCCUCACAUAAAACUGGAGCUCGAGGAGCGUAUAGGAAAGCUGCAUGCGCUUGCGGACAAGGCUGACAAAGUACACAGAGACUGCACCAUCUCCAAAGUGGUGGCCACCUCCGCUGACGCUGUGUCCAGCGUCCUGACCAUCGUCGGUCUGUCUCUGGCACCUGUGACUGCAGGGGUCAGCCUAGCACUCUCUGCCACUGGGUUGGGGCUGAGAAUAGCGGCUUCUGUGACCAGUGUGUCCACCGACAUUGUGGACAAGAUCAGUCUUUCAUUAAGAGAAACUGAAGCCAGUUGCCUUCUGUCAACUGAUAUCAAAAAAUGGCACGUGGUCGUGCAGGUUCUAGUUAAGAACACCCCCAAAAUUGUUGACAAUGCACGGGUACUUGCAAAAGCCAUAGAACGCGUUGAAACCAACAUUAGAGCCAUGGAGCGGGUCAAAGUCAACCCUUGCUUAGAAGCUCACUCAAAUCUCUUAUGGACCGAUGAGGGAAUCGAAGCCUUAAGCAGCACACAGAGGAAGGCAGCUUUCAGAGGCAGUGCUCUGGCAAUGACCAAAAACGCCCGGAUCAUGGGAAUAGCCACUGCAGGUGUCGGCCUUCUGGUGGACGUGGGCUUCCUGGUGAAGGAGUCAAUCCACUUGCACAAAGGGGCAAAGACACAGUUGGCUGAAGCGCUGAGGCAGCGUGCCCAGAAACUGGAGAGGAAGUUGGAGGAGCUCACCUGCAUCUAUGACAGUCUGCAGGAGGGCCCGACUCCGCCACCCCCAGAGCAGUGCACGGACCAGACCCAUGUCCAGGGCCAAGACUAGGAGGUGCCUUUGUUUGAGAGGGAAAGAAGGGUCAAUGUAUCUCUGGAGCUGAGUGCAGCAGGGGAGGAAUUGAUGCAGAUGGCAGCUGGGUGCAAGACAAGGAAGGGGUGUGGAGCCUGCAAUAAGGGAGGAGAGGGGACUGGAGAGAGAGGGGAAUGGGAAAAACCAUCAAUUUUGGACUAAAAAAAGACACUGAGGCAUGAUUAAAGACAGAGGCAGGGAGGAACAAGCAAUGAGAAGGCCAGGAAUACCAAAGAGUUCUGGCAGUGGUCUCUAGCCCUGCUUUUCCAGUAUCAAUGCACAUUGGACUUCCAGCUGAUUGAUGUAAUUAGGCAGAGACUUUUUUUUUUUUUUUUUUUUUUUGGCUUCCAUGUGGCAUAUGGAGUUCCCAGGUCAGGGAUCAGAACCAAGCCGUCGUUGUGACCUAAGCCACAGCAACUCUGGAUCCUUAACACACUGUGCUGGGCUGGGGAUUGAACCUGCGUCUUGAGUGCUCUCAAGACACCGCUGAUCCCAUUGUGCCACAGUGGGAACUUCAGGCAGUGACUUCUUGAUGAUGUUAUGGCGGUGGCGAUGACAACACGGUGGGUGGAUCGUUUGACAUGUUGCCAGUUGCUCUUUGGGGCCGGGGGUUAUUGAGAGACUAAAGUUCCCAGGAUAUUCCAAAUGCUGUGUUGGAACAGAGGUUGAUUUGAAAAGAAAGAGAGAAAAGAAGGAGGGAAGGAAGGAAGGAAGGAAGAGGAAGAAAGAAAGAGAAAAGAAAGACAUAUAGGAAGGAAGAAAAGAAGGAAGGAAGAAAGAGGAGAGGGAGAGAGAGAAAGAAAGGGAAAGAGAGAAAGAAAGAGAAAAAUGAAACCAGACAGCAGCAACGGGUCAGGGAACUUUGUUUUGUGUCAAGGAGAUGAACCAGCCUGGGGCCAGCAGAGGCAGCCUCUCUGAACCUAUGUCAGUUGAGAUUCCUUUGGUUUUUAAGCAACAGAACCUGCGUCUGGCUAUGUCAGCACAAAAGAGGGUAUCUUGGAAAGGAACUAGGGCAGGUCAGAGAAUGGAAAGAAGCACAAACUCUGCACAGUUCAGAAAGGACAGGAAGCAGGGCAGGUCCAACUCCAGGAGCUUAUGGUCAGCCCCGCCCCCUAGGCCCCUGCCAGCAGGUGGCUUAGGUCCCCAGUGUCAAAUCGCAGGAGACAGAAUAGCUUGACAUUACCUCGGUGUGGGAAGCCCGAGAGACCAGAUCCUUCCUUCUCUCUGCCACCUCCUGUCAUCCAGGGCUCAUGCUCCGGCUAGGUUUAACUCAUUGGCUCUUUCCAUAUGGGUCCAGAUUCUGGAGCAAACAAAGCAAAGACUAAGUGUCCUUAGGACCAAUUCUGGGAGUUCCCUGGUGGCACAGUGGAUUAAGGAUCUGGUGGUGUUAUGGCUCGGGUUGCUGCUGUGGCGCAGGUUCAGUCCCUGCCCAGGGAACUUCCACAUGACUUCUGAAGAGGGGAAGGGUAAUGGGAGUGCCUGCAUCCUGCACCACUGAGGAUGGUAUCUGAAGGUGGCAGAAGCAAUAGUGUUCUGAGGAAAGAUGAGUGUUUUGCUCUCUGCCCUUAACACCAUCAUGGUGUCUUGGCUUACACAUAUUUUCCAAGCCUGGACUCCAGCCUCCUCUUAUGACAAUAUUCCAGUAAAUACAUUUUUUUUUCCUCUAAGAAAUCAGAAUUGGUGUCUUUCCUUGCAACUAAGAAGACUGAUGGAUACGUCCAACAGCUGGAUCCUGUUUUUUCUUCCUUUGUUAACAAGACUGUCUCAGGAACAACAAUUUCUGUGAAGUGUUUCAACCUACGAAGGUUUGUGAACUCCUACCAUUGUUUUCCAGGACCGGUCACUGGAGAUCAGGCAAACUGGAGAGGGUGAAUACGUGUCUCAUAGGAGUCACCGCCCUUCUCUCCUUGAUGAUGGCACCAAUCUCUGCCAUGUCUCUAAGAAGGUGGCACAGAUUUUGCUUGAAAUAGUUAGCUAGAAAUGUAAAACCCAAUGGCCUCCACCAGUAUAUCGCACGGCAAUAGCCCCUACUCAUGGGUUUGGGGGAACAAUCUGAAGCUUCCAAGAAUUUCCUUUCCAAUUACAUACUCAGGAGCCUGGAAGAUGGUGACCAAGGUGGAGGCAGCAUCCCAGUGGACCUAAGGUGAGGUGAGCUCAACUCAAAUACCCAUUUAUUACUGACCACUGUAAUCAACCCCUCUGUCCAAUAGACCGUGGUCUGGGUCAUUCUGGGUUACUCUGGGUCCCAGAAGUUUGUGUAAACUUGGAGCCAGUACCAGCAGUCCUGGGUAGGUUGCGUUUCCUUUAGCCAGCGCUAAACAGUAUCCGCCAAGGACCAUCAGAGCAAUGAAGACAGGUUUAUGUUCCACCUUCCUCCGUGAAGCCUUAGACUCCACCCCACACAUUCUCUCCAGAUGAGUUGAUUAACUUUAGACUUCUGGACUCCAUAACCUAAGAGAAUAGGUAGGGGUUGUUUUAAGCCUCUGAGUUUGUGGUCAUUUGUUACAGCAGCCACAGGGAAUUAGCCUGUGGUGCUUCCCCAUCAGUGCCUUAAUCGUGGCUGAAAGCUCUCGUGAGGAUGGAACUCAUCAUGUGAAUCAGCAACCUCCGGGAUCCGCUUCUGAAUUUAGUUUUUAUAGGACAAUUUUUCAACCACAAAUAUAAACAACUAGACUCUCUUUCAUGCCUUGAGAGGAACUCUAAAGAGUCCAGCCAGGUGUCUGUCAGAAGCAUCAGAAGGGGCUGUCCUGGAGUUCCCGUCGUGGCUCAACGGAAAUGAACCUGACUAGUAUCCAUGAGGAUGCAGGUUCCAUCCCCAGCCUUGCUCAGUGGGUUAAGGAUCCGACGUUGCUGUAGCUGUGGUGUAGGCUGGCAGCUGCAGCUCCGAUUUGACCCCUAGCCUGGGAACUUCCACAUGCUGCAGAUAUGGCUCUAAAAAGCAAAAAAAAAAAAAAAGAAAAAGAAAAAGCAAGAAAGAAAAGAAAUUGCUUUGAUGGAAUGAGCUCUGGGAUUGGAGAGGGAGGAGAAGGAGAGAGAGGCUUCAUCCCCUGAUUUUGGCUCCUUGGCCACUCAAAGCUCCAAGAAGGGAUCUAAAGCCAGAGCUCCCAUCAAGGCUCAGCAGUAACGAACCCAACUAGUAUCCAUGAGGAUGUGGGUUCAAUACCUGGCGGUGCUCAGUGCUUUAAAGAUCCAGCGUUGCUGUGAGCUGUGGUGUAGGUCACAGACUCGGCUUGGAUUUGGUAUGGCUGUGGCUCCCCUCAACUUCCCCUCUUUCCAGUUCCUCUCUUGUUCAGUUCAUCCUGCCCUGUUUCCGUUCUCUUACCGGCAUCUGGCAGUGGUGGGGAGGGGGCCUCACUGGCCAUCCUUGGCCUGUGGCUGAUUGGAUGAAUGGUUGUCAGAUGGUCCCACCGGCCUAGCCAUUAGAUCCCAGGGGAAAGACAGAAGAACCUCACCCGGCUCCUAGGCCUGGUUUUCACUCCAGGGUUAAUUACCAGAGAAUCUCUGCACUGGGCUUGGAAGAGAAGAAUUUACUGGAUGUUUCUCCAGUGUUAGUAACCCACCCUUCAUGUCCUUCCUUGAGCCUUUUUUUCUUGGGUGCCUGGUGACCACAACAGGAAAUCCAGAAAAGGAGGGGGUGCCUGGCGGGAUUCAAGAAACAAGCUGGACCCAGAACCACUCCCUCGCCACUGGAGUCAAGAGAAGAUACAAACCCAGAUAGGAUUUGGGGACCAUGGGGCAAUCUGGGAAUUCCAGGGUUUAUAGGCUUUUCGCUUGUUUCCUUCGGUUGGAUAAUUUCUUUAAAAAUAUCUAUAUUUAAGCUCACUCUUCCUCUGCCAUCCCUGUUCUGCUAUUAAGUGCAAACAUUUCAUUUUAAAAUUUCAGAUACUAUGGCUUUCAGUUUUCAAAUUUUCUUUCGCUUCUUUUUUUUUUUUGGUAUUUUCUGUUUCUCUGCUGAGAUUCUUAUCUUUUCAUAAACAUAUUCCAUAUGUCUCUAUUCAUACACAUGUGUUGUUUCCUUAUUUCUGUAUUCUAUACGUCUCUAUUCUGUUAGUUCCCACGCAUGGAUCAUUUAGGGCUGGCCUCUGUUGAUUGUCUUUCCUUUCGAGAAUGGGUUACAUUUUCCUUCCACUAUGUCAAGUAAUUUUUUUUAUUACAUUACGGAUGGUAUAUUGAAGAGACUAUGGAUUCUUUUAUAGUCUUCCAAAAUGUUGAUCUUUUUCCCCUUGGGCAGGCAAUUCACUUGGUUAGACUUAAAUUGCCAAUGUGUCUUGUCUGUGAUGAGAGACAGCUGCCAUCUCAUUUCAGACUUUUCCCCCCUCUUUUUCAGUGACAUCCGCAGAAUAUAGAUGUUCCCAGCCCAGGGACUGAAUCAGCUUUGACCUAUGCCACAGCUGUGGCAAUGCCAGAUCCUUAACCCACUGUGUUUGGCCGGGGUUCAAACCCAGGCCACCACAGAGACUAUCAGCCAGAUCCUUAACCUUCUGUGCCACAGUGGGAACUCCAUCAUUUCAGACUGCUUAAUGCUGGAGUAGAGAGGAUGCCUGGAAUUUGGAGUUUGCUUUCUCUGUCUCUCUCCUUUAACCAUUUCUCCUUUCUUUCCUAGUCACGGCUGCCCUGGGUUCUGUCCUCUGGUUUUUUUCAGGCCCAAAAGAUAGCAGGCUUUCUAUCAGAGUGUCAGUCACUUCAGGCAUUGCCAUGACUCCAGCUGCUUUCAAGAGAAAGCUGGAAAACAAAACAAAACAAAAACAAAAACUGGCAGACUCAUUCUCUGCCCUUCAUUUAAUCCAUAUUUCGACUCCCUCAAAAUCUUCCUUCUUCUGAGCCCGGAAGUGUUGGGGGGGGGGGUUGUACCUUGUCUGGAGUGUGAAAUUGUUAUCUACAGGAGAGUCCGUUUGCAGGAGCUUAAUUAAAAUUGUUUUCGAGCCUUAGUUCCUUUGCUGACUUGCUGUGUGAUCUUCACCAAGCCACAUCCCUGUCUUUGCCUCUGUGUAUCUCCCUACAUGAUAAAAUAAUAAUUCUAGCCCUCCUGAGAAGAGGGGUACAUAAUAAAAAAGUAACUGAAUUGCAAACUGUA